GCCAUUUUCUGCUGCUGUAGAUGUCCGUUACAACAGACGUACAUGAAUUAUAAUAUCUUACAAAUCUGAGGGAGCAGCGCCCACAAUCUCUGAUGUGUGUCACUAGCUAGAGAUGAGGAGCUACAUAACUUGAUUCAGUAAUACGUUCUGGGUCAGAGUACUAGAUUUUCAUCUCUCGGAGUGUUCUAGAUUGUUGGCCGGCUUGUUUACAUUUUUCACCUGACCUGACCUGACCUGAAUAUUCGUUUGUUUGUAUACAUUUAAGUGUAACAACGACCAGUGAAAAAGAAAGGAUAAAACUUAAGGAUGAUCCUGUCUAUGAACACACAAACUAUUUUUGUGGGAUUGGUUAUUGGUCUUCUGGUGUAUUACGUCAUCAAACGGAUGCGGUAUCGUCUGCCUCCGGGACCAUGGUGUAUACCACUUAUUGGACAUUAUAACGUGUACACUGCAGCUGAUCUACACAGGAAAGUCUAUGAGAUUUCAAAGGACUAUGGUCCGGUGGUCCGACUGUCAUUUGGUCCCGUCAUGGUGAUUGUCCUUAAUGAUAUCCAAGUCGCAUUAGAGGCACUGAUAAAGAAGAAGACAGAUUUUGCUGGAAGACCAAAAAUGAAAUCGGGUGAUGCAUUUUCUGGUGGAGGCAAGGACAUAGCAAUGAGUAAUUACUCACCAACAUGGAAAUUUCACAGACGAAUAGCAGGAAAAGCUCUUAGACACUAUUUACAAGGGGAUCUACUUGAACAAAUGAUACAAGACAACAUGAAUAAAUUCCUGGAUAAAAUGGCACAAGAGAAGGAGCCAUUCUCCUUCAAGUACUAUUCUAAUCUGAUGGUUUUCCAUCAAAUAUACACCAUCUGUUUUGGAGAAAAACGGUGUGUUGAUGAUCAAGAGGUGAAAACAAUCCUACAACUAGACGAAGAGUUGAAUGAUCAUGUCGCCAAAGGAUUCCUGGAGGAUAUAAUCCCAUAUAUGGACACCAUCUACCCUUCUCAUAAUUGGCAAGCAUUUGUCAAGAAGAUGGACCAAAUCAUUGAUUACACUCGGGGAAAAUUCAAACAACACGUGGAUACAUUCGACCCAGGUGUAAAUAGGGAUUUUAUCGACAGUAUGUUGAUCGCCAGACAGGAGGCAGAGAAUGAGGGGGACGAGGCUGUCCUGGAGAAGUUGGAUGAUAUAUACUUAAUUCACACCGUGGUGGACAUCUUCUUUGCCGGAUUAGACACAACCAGAUUCACAAUGGACUGGUUCAUGUACUUCAUGACCAGUUUUCCGGAAAUCCAGUCCAAAUGCCAUGAAGAAAUUGACCGAGAAGUUGGUUCAGAGCACCCGUCGAUGAAGCACCGAAACAAACUGCCCUACUUAGAAGCUUGUAUGUUUGAAACUAUGAGGCUUGGGGCUGCUGUGGGACUUGGAAUUGCGCACAUGAGUAUUUGUGAUUCACAAAUCGGUGGAUAUGACAUCCCCAAAGACACCAUGGUCAUCAUCAACCAUUGGGCGCUUCACCACGACCCUAAGUAUUGGAAGGACCCCGAGAAAUUUGACCCUCAUCGAUAUCUAGAUGAAAAUGGCAAAAUGAAACCAGCAAGACCCGAUAGCUGGCUUCCUUUCUCAGCAGGCCGGCGGGUCUGUUUAGGAGAAACGUUAGCCAAACCGGAAAUUCUGUUAAUGUGUGCAAAUCUUCUGAAGCGAUUUGAUAUUCGUCUCCCUGAAGGUGUCAAACCAAACCUUGAGCACCAUAUUUGGGGAAAUGGUAUAGAACUUCCCUCAGAGUACAAAAUCGUUGUACAGGAGAGAAAUGGACAAUGAAACAGUAUUCUUGUUACUAGGGAUGUACAUAUAUAUCCGUAGCCAUUACAUAAUGUCAGAUCUACAUGUACUAGUAUUUUAAGUGCAGCAGGGAAAUACCUUUGACAUAGAUUUCCCAAACAUAUUUCAGAGUAAGUUACUGUAUUUAUCACCUCCGUGUUGACUGUCAGCACUGUAUGACAUCAUUUUAUAUCGGAGUAUUUUUUAAAAUAGCUAGAACUGUACAUCGCGAGUACACUUGUUAUGAGUUUAAAGCUAACGUGUGCUUUGAUAAAUUGAUGCAUAAAAAGUUUAUGCUGCCUUUAUGCAUGUGCUGUCAGCCUACACUCCCUAAUUCAUAUGGUUAACUUCCUUAUUUAGUGUCAUUUCUUAAUGCGUCUUUAAAAUAAUUAGAAGACUUUUAACCAAAUAAGAUACACUUUAUAGGAAAAUGAAUUUGGACCGCUGUGAACAUCCCUAUUCUGCUGUUGAACGUCUUGGGAAUAUAUAUAUAUAUAUAUAUAUAUUUAAAUGUCGUUCCUAUGUCUUUAGUUACUGCCACUUGUUUUAUUUUUACCAGCUAUUGUAUCUCUGUUGUUUGUGCAUUGAUAUAUAGUUACGUAUUGUUUUUCACAAGGCAUUUAUAUUAUACAGUUAUGAAUAGUUGUUACACGUUUUAUAUAUUGGUAGCCGCACAAUUAAAAGAUUACUUCAUGCA